AUGAAGGUAAAGGUGAUUACACUGUUAGGGCUUAUAGCUCUGGCAUCAGCCAGAAAAUCUCCUAAUGCAGAUUAUGUGAAAGAACUUCUGCAAUCUCAACCUGCUUUGCGGGUAUCUACUGACAUUGAAGCAGAUUCUCAGCUGGAUGUGCCUGGUCUCAUCAGAAGAUAUGGAUAUCCUCAAGAGACACACCGAGUGACUACUGCCGAUGGAUAUAUCCUGGAACUACACAGGAUCCCUACAGGAAGGGACAAUUUUAAUGAACCUGGCCCCAGGCCUGUCGCGUUUCUGAUGCAUGGACUCUUAUCUUCUUCUGCUGACUUUCUGGUAUUAGGUCCCGGCACUGCCUUGGGUUAUGCAUUAGCGGAAGCUGGAUAUGACGUCUGGCUGGGUAACGCCCGUGGUAAUUAUUACUCCAGAAACCAUAGAACCAUGAAUCCUGACAGCAUACUAAAUCAGAACUUUUGGGAGUUUUCCUGGGAUCAAAUCGGCAACUACGAUUUACCUGCUUUUGUCGACUACAUUCUCACAGUAACUAGACAAGAAAAACUUCACUACAUUGGACAUUCACAGGGUGGAACUACUUUCUUAGUUUUGAACUCCUUGAGGCCAGAAUACAGUGAAAAGUUUAUCUCUUUCCAAGGAUUAGCCCCUGCUUCUUUCUUCGACAAUAAUGAUUUUUCUGUGUUCAAUGGUCUGGCGCCUUUCGAAAACGUUAUUGAGAAUAUGGCUUUCACUACACGAAACGCUGAGAUUUUUGGUGACCGCGCAUUUGCGCAAUGGUUUUACAGCACGCUUUGCACUAAUACCAUUUUCGAAGGUGUUUGCAAUUUCGGUAUCGGCCAAAUAUUGGGGCAAAGUGUGAACACUACAAUGCUUCCCUUAUUGCUGGCUCACGCUCCAGCCGGCGCUUCAAUCCGCCAGGUCGCCCAUUACGGCCAGGUUAUCCGCUUUAGGGCUUUCCGUCGUUACAACUACAACGCGCUCAGAAACCUGGCAGUGUACGGCAGGAUAUCCCCUCCAGAAUAUGACCUUUCUAAUGUUAAGGUGCCAACAUACCUUCAUUACGGCGAGAACGACCGGGAAGUUAACUUCAGAGAUAUUUAUACUCUGGCAGGCAAGCUGCCCAAUACUGUUGGACUGUUCAAAGUUGGAAGGGAUACUUUUAAUCAUUAUGACUUCAUCUGGGCGUCUGAUGCGAAAGAAUUGUUGUUCCCAAAAUUAUUAGCUUGCAUGAAAAAUGCAGAAAACAUGCUAUGA